CCCGUGUAAGCCCUUCAGGGCACGACGACGGACUCGCUGCCCUCGGAGUAGUGCUCCGAGGAACGGUGGGGACACACACACAUACACACACACAGCCGGAGCAGUAGCAAAAACCAGGACAUGCGUAGAAAGUGCGUAAAAAGGGAUUGUUUUCGUCCCGAGCGACCCUUCAGAAUGUUGCCCGCGAAACCCCCGGGGUAACCAAUGUCCCUGCGCCCCUUUGCCACUAAACAGACCAUUGUCAUUCUACUAGUUGUGUCCUUGUGGCUGCGAGAAUUGAUUCCUCUUCUCGAGAAUCGAAAAGGGGGGGGAGCCGGCCCACCGACCAGCACACACUCCACUCGCUGCUCUAUUGUCGAGCACAUUCCACUUUUCUGCCAAGGAUUAUUCAUUUUGUGGUGAGCACGCACAGACAGUGGGUGAAGAAGCAGUUUUGCUCCAGAAUCAUCAUUGCGCUUGGGUUUCCCUGCGUUACUUUUUUUGUGUGUGCAGUAUAAGUAAACUAAGAGCUAAGAAUGCUUGCGAACAACAGCAACGGGCUGCGGAUGGAGAUCAUUACCGAGCCGUGGUUCCCGGAGGUGAUACAGCAUCUGCGGCAAACGUUCUUUGCCGACGAGCCCCUCAACAAGGCCGUCAGUCUGUGCCGUCCCGGCGAUGGGCACACGCUGCUGGAGAAGCACAGUCUCUCGAGCCUUCGCGACGGUAUUAGUGUCAUGGCAGUGACGAACAGUGGCGAGAUAGCGGGAGUGGUCGUGAACGGGAUACUGCACGGCAACGAGGAUACGGGCCGUGCCCUCGACCGGCUGGCCGAGAUGGAUGAUGAGAAAUUCCGCAAAAUUUUCACCCUCCUGUACGAGGAAAAUCUGAAGAUCGAUCUGUUUGAGCAGUUUUCGGUGGAGAGCAUCUUUGAGAUACGCAUCCUAUCGGUGGACUCGAAGUUUCGAGGACAAGGAUUGGCGAAGGAGUUGAUGAGAAAAAGUGAAGAAGUGGCACGCACCAACGGAUUUCAGCUAAUGAAAACCGACGCCACGGGGCUGUUCUCUCAACGGGUGGCCAGCUCGCUCGGGUUCGUCACCAGGCACGAGGUCAAGUACGAGGACUAUCUCGACCAGGACGGUGUUCAUCCGGUGUUUCGGGUCGGACCGCCGCACGAUCGGUUGAAAAUUAUGUACAAAACACUGUGUUAAACACGUGUUCUUACACAUUCGAAAGCUCAUAUGCUCAAAUCGUGUGCGUCGUACACACCACACCAAAAGGGAACCAAAACAUUGGGGAAAAUAGGCUUUUACAUCUUUUCCCCCCACCACAAAACCAAUCAUUGUUACUCACUGAGCUGUUAUCUAUAAUGUGUUAUCUAUAUAUGGACAUUGGUGUCAGUAUGUGUGUGCGUGUGUGUUAGUGUGUGUGCAAAAUAUUAUUUAAGAUUGAAUUGAUGGCAAGCAAUUGUUUGUGUGUACCGGUGCCAUAGGCAUUCCUAGGGACGAUAUAUUGUAAUACACUACUUAAAGGCAACGUUGUUUAAUCUAACAAGCUAGUAUACCAAAAAGAAGGACAGUAACUCCAAACGAAAGAUCCACAAACAACAGAAAACAACCAUCCAAUAUGAUAGAGCGAACAUUUGUCGGUUUAUUCCCUGAAACUGGCGGCAUCAAUCGCGAAGAAAAUUCUUAUUAGCACAAACAAAUAAUAAUAUUACUUUUAAGCUUAAUGCCAAUCAGUUGAUGAACCGUUUCGAUGCAUCGAUCCUCAAUUCGUGUACCUUGUCCCCUAGGCUUAAUUAAGAGAACUUCUGCGUAAAAAUUGCACCUUUUUUAAUACUCUAUGUAUAAGGCGACAUGGCAAAGCAAUGCGACAAUAAUGGAAUGGGUACAAAGAGAAAGAACAAACAGAAGGAAGCUUAAGAGAAAUCCCUUUAUUCCUUCUUGCGUACACGUUUAAUACGUUGAUAGGUUAAGUUUUUUUUCGGGUUUUGAAUUGUCGUACGAUCUCCCAACUGUUUUUAGAUAAGAAAAUACCCGAUAAUGUUUUGAUAAAUGUAUGACAUUAUAUACCAAAAAACGAUAUGCAAAUAAACCAAAAAGAAUGGAAAUAAAAUCAAAAUAAUCUUCC